AAUUCCCCAUUCCCGCUCUCUCUCUCUCUCUCUCACGGAGCUCCGUAGCAGAAGAAAUGGAGGAAGAAGUCGCUGAAACCGAGGUCGAGUCUCAGGUGUAUAUGGCCUGUGUCAUGCAAGGUCAUAGAAUUGGAGUGGCAUAUUACGAUGCUACUAUCCGGCAACUGUAUGUCUUGGAUAUUUGGGAGGAUGGGCAAGGAGAUUUCCCCCUUAUUGAUCUCGUGAAAUAUCAGGCAAAGCCUUUGGUCAUAUAUGCUAGCACCAAGACUGAAGAAUCAUUUUUGGCUGCAUUACAACGAAGUGAUGGAGAUGAUACCACUGUGGUAAAGCUUAUACGAAGUUCCAUAUUCAGCUAUGAACAGGCAUGGCACAGAUUGAUAUAUCUAAGGGUUGCUGGUAUGGAUGAUGGAUUAACAGUCAAGGAGAGGAUUUUCUUUCUUAAUUCUAUGAUUGAUCUUGGAAGUGAAGUUCAAGUUCGUGCUGGUGGGGGGCUUCUUGCCAUACUGGAGAAUGAGAGGCUUGUGGAUACCUAUGAACAAAUGGAAUCUGGCAACUCAUCUAUCGCCAUUGAUUGUGUGUCACAGAUCUCAUUGGACAAGUUCCUUAAACUAGAUGCAGCUGCUCAUGAGGCUCUGCAGAUUUUUCAAAUUGACAAGCAUCCAAGUCAUAUGGGAAUUGGAAGAGCAAAAGAGGGAUUCUCGGUUUUCGGAAUGUUUAACAAGUGCAUCACACCAAUGGGAAGGCGUCUCUUGAGGACUUGGUUUUUGAGGCCAAUACUUGACCUUGACAUUUUGAACAAUCGGCUCAACACAAUAUCAUUCUUCCUUUGUUGCGAAGAAGUGGUGUCUGCUUUACGGCAAACAUUGAAGUCCGUUAGAGAUGUUCCUCAUAUGCUAAAGAAAUUCAAUUCCCCAAGUUCCUCGUGUACGAGUGGCGAUUGGAAUGCAUUCUUGAAGUGUAUUUGUUCGCUGUUGCACAUAAACAAAAUCUUUGAAGUUGGUAUUUCAGAAUACCUUCAGGAAAGGUUGGAACAUUUGAGUUUACGAUUAGUGGAAAAGGCAAGCUCAUGUAUUACGAUGGAGCUGGUUUAUGUCUUUGACUUGGUAACUGGUGUGAUUGACAUUCAGCGAUCUAAGGAAAAAGGGUACGAGACAUUAGUAAAAGAAGGGCUCUGCGAAGAGUUGGACGAGCUGAGGACUGUGUAUGAGGAACUGCCGGAUCUUCUGGAUCAGGUGUCAGCAUCUGAAAAUGCUUCUCUUCCUCUUAUGCAUGAUAAUAACAGAGCUCCACAUAUUGUGUAUGUUCAUCAAAUAGGAUACUUAAUGUGUACUUAUGAUAAGCUUGAAGAAGAGGACCUGCAACAGCUUCAAGAUUUUGAAUUUGCGUUUUCAGAAGAUGGGGAUGAGAAGAAAUAUUUUUAUCACACUUUCAAAACUAGAGAAUUGGACAACCUUCUUGGAGAUAUAUAUCAUAAGAUUCUUGACAUGGAGAGAGCAAUUAUAAGAGACUUGGUGACUCGCAUUCUCCAAUUCACACCUCAGCUGAUAAAGGCUGUGAAUUUUGCUGCAGAGCUUGAUUGCUUUCUUUCACUGGCAUUAGUUGCUCGUCAAAACAAUUAUGUGAGACCGAUCUUGACUGACGAUUCAUUGAUUGACAUUCAAAACGGAAGGCAUGUUUUGCAGGAAAUGACUGUUGAUACUUUUGUACCUAAUGAUACAAAAAUUCUCAAUGAUGGGAGAAUAAACAUAAUCACUGGUCCAAACUACUCGGGAAAAAGCAUUUAUGUUAAACAGGUGGCUUUGGUGGUUUUUCUUUCUCAUGUUGGAAGUUUCGUACCAGCGGAUGGUGCUGUUAUUGGAAUAACUGAUAGGAUUUUUUGUGCUAUGGGAAGCAAGUCCAUGACAGCAGAACAAUCAUCUUUCAUGAUUGAUCUUCAUCAAGUGGGAAUGAUGCUUAGGCAGGCAACACCUCGGUCUUUGUGUUUGUUGGAUGAAUUUGGCAAGGGUACUUUAACAGAAGAUGGCAUUGGACUCCUUGGAGGGAUUAUACUCCAUUUUGCUAAUUAUGAAUUUCCUCCAAAGGUUUUGUUGUGCACACACUUGACAGAAAUGUUCAAUGAUAAUGUCUUAAUGAAGUCUGAAAAUAUCAAGUUUUACACCAUGAGUGUGUUGAAGCCUGGCAACAACUGUGUGAGUGUAGAUGACAUCGUUUUUCUUUACCGGCUAAUACCCGGGCAUGCACUCCUGAGUUAUGGAUUACAUUGUGCACGACUGGCUGGAGUUCCUGAGGAGGUUGUCAAAAGGGCAACUUUGGUUUUGGACGCACUGAAGUCUAAUGAGCCAAUCAGCCGUUUGGCUAACCAGAAAAUAUUGGCUAAAGAUCAGCAAUGCAAGGAUGCAGUUGCUAAAAUGCUGACUUUCGAUGCUUACAAAGGUGACCUCGAGCAAUUCUUUCAAGAAAUUUUCCCCGCCGAGUUCUGAUCUAGGAAGCCAAAGAUCAGGCUGUGAAUACAUGGAUUGUGUCUUGUCUGCGUAUAGUUAUGGAAAUGUGCUGGGACAAGUCCCCUGUAGAUUUUGAUAAAGUGGGCUCUGAAGGUGUCGUUACAACAAGAAGAAUGUAAAGAGUUAAGAAUCAUAAAGAGAUAGGAUUUGGUGUGUUCAUUUUUGUGUGAAUCUACACACCAAGUUCAAAUGUAGAUAACACGAGUAUUGAUAUCUUCUAUGCGCUUUAAAAUUGAGAAAUUUUCGUAAGAAAUGCUA